AUGCAUCAAAAAACUAACAUCAUCACCGACGAUGAGGUCGCCCAAGCCAUGGCUGCGGCUUCGCAGACCAAGGGCAAGCGUGGAAAGCAGAAAGCAACAGGAGGCUUCUCCUUUUCCACGAAGCCGCAAACCGCGAACAGCAUACCAAGAGUGCCGAAACGGCCACAAACAGCGACUAGCACACCGAGAGCGCCGAAGAGGCAAAAAACGGAUACGAAGAAGGAUCGAAAGCCCGAGACUCAAGAAAUCUUGCCCAUUACCGAACAAGCCAGCCCGUUUCCUCUUCAUCAAGCAAGCCCAGUCACUAUCGAUCGAGGAAAUGCCGCCAAAGACGACGUUUGCAUAGAAGAACGGCUCAUCGGCGACACUGAGAUAGAUGCCUUCAAUCUCGACAGAUCCACUGUUGUUAUUCGGGGCGAAAGCGAGAAUCAGGUGGUUACUACCACAUCGAAUCCUCGUACAGGCGCUAGUUGUUUCUUUGAUACAGCAGUGACUCAAAGCCAAAGUAAUAUACCGCAACAACCUGCUCCAUUCCUCAAAAAAGGGAGGCAUGGCCGCCACGGAGACUUUGUCAACGACCCCGAUAGGCUGACAGGACAUGGUCACCAAAUUCCUCCGGGCGAGCGUCGGCGGUGGGAUGAGUUUACAGUGUUUCGUGGUAGUUUCUGUAGAACUGCAAGUGGGGUGCCAUCUGGCCAAACGAAAGAGAUUUGGAAUAAAUGGCAAAUGUGGUACAGCGGGUUCGUGGAAAGGUUUCCAGGGUACGCAGUCGCUCAUUUGUGGCCAUGUGGCUGCGAGAGAGUAAGUGAUGAUAGCGACAGCGAAGAAGAGUAA